UUAAUAAGUAGAGACAAGGAGGUGGUACUGUAAGGCAUACAGAAUGAGUUCCUUCCAGCUGAGUGAAGAGUCACCAGGGAGGGAGAUCAGAAGAGAUGGUACUCAUGGGCGAGGGAGCAAGAGAGUUGUUGCAGGUGAUGAAGAGGGGGACAAUGGUGAGGACAGAGAUGACAAGUCGUGUAGUCAGGAUGAACCCCAGGACCAGAAGCCUGGGUGGAAAAAGUUCCUGGCUCAUGUUGGUCCCGGAUUCCUUGUGUCCUUGGCUUACCUUGAUCCUGGGAAUUUGGAGACGGACCUACAAGCCGGAGCUAAACACAGAUACGAGCUCUUAUGGGUCGUACUGAUCGGUCUGGCAUUCGCGUUGAUCAUACAGUCACUAGCAGCAAAUCUCGGGGUGGCUACAGGGAAGCACCUGGCGGAGCUGUGCAAAGCUGAGUACCCAAAGUAUGUCAACUACUGUCUCUGGGUGAUGGCGGAGGUGGCUGUGAUUGCUGCUGACAUCCCUGAAGUGAUAGGAACAGCCUUCGCUCUCAACAUCUUGUUUCGCAUCCCAGUGUCGGCAGGUGUCCUCAUCACAGGGCUAAGCACUCUCCUGCUUCUUGGGCUUCAGAGAUAUGGGGUUCGGAAACUUGAACUGUUGAUAUCCAUGCUGGUGUUCGUCAUGGCUGCCUGCUACUUCGGAGAGUUGAGCUACGUGAACCCCCCCGCGACCCAGGUGAUGAAGGGGCUCUUUGUGCCCAGGCUUGGCGGCGAUGGUGCCACCAGCGACGCCGUCGCUCUCCUCGGCUCCCUAGUCAUGCCGCACAAUUUGUUCUUGCAUUCAGCUCUGGUGCUGUCGAGAAAGACUCCACCUUCCGCCGAAGGAAUCAACGACGCCUGCAGGUACUUCCUCUUGGAGAGCGGCUUCGCGUUGUCGGUUGCGCUGCUCAUCAACGUCGCCGUUGUCUCCGUCUCUGGAACCGUAUGCGCUGGUCGUAGCCUUCCACCUGAGGAUUCUGAAACAUGCAGCAAUCUAACCCUCAACUCAGCCUCCUUCUUGCUCAAGAACCUCCUGGGCAAAUCGAGCUCCAUCGUCUACGGCAUCGCAUUGCUGGCCUCUGGACAAAGCUCCACUAUAUCAGGCACAUACGCCGGUCAAUACAUCAUGCAGGGAUUCUUGGACGUAAAGAUGAGGAUGUGGCUUCAGAACCUCAUGACACGAUGCAUUGCUAUCGGCCCCAGUCUCGUCGUCUCCAUCAUUGGCGGCCCUGCCGGAGCUGGAAGACUCAUAAUCAUAACAUCAAUGAUCCUAUCUUUCGAGCUGCCCUUUGCCCUCAUCCCUCUUCUCAAGUUCAGCAGCAGCGGCCCAAAGAUGAGGCCUCACAAAAACUUCAUCUACAUCAUAGUCAUCUCGUGGAUCCUUGGCUUCGGUGUCAUAGGAAUCAACGUCUACUUCCUCAGCACCAGCCUCGUGGAAUGGAUCACCAGUAGCAGUCUCCCAAAGCCUGCCACAGCUCUCGUCGGUGUCAUCGUCUUCCCCUUCAUGGCUGUCUACAUCCUUGCUGUUAUCUACUUGACCUUCAGGAAGGAUACAGCAGUGACAUUCGUUGAUAAAUCUGAUUCGUCGCUGAAGGAAAUGGAGGAUGGUGUGCAUCGUUCUGAUGGUGACAAAGGAGGUGACGUUGUGCCGUUUAGAGGCGACCUCAACAACAUCUCUCCUCCUGAGUAAAGCUUGUUUCGGUAUGUGUUACAAGACCUUUAUGUUGUAGCUGUAUGAGCCGAAAUAAUCAGA